GUCUCUUCUCAGAGUACCGCUUUUAGGUCAACUUUUUAUUGCCCCUCUUGUUUCUCUUUUUCUUCUUCUUCUUCUUCCAGACCCUUUCGUUCUUCUCUCUCUUCUUUAGGUUUUUUUGCUAACUAUGGUUCAUCUCAACACAGGUUUGUUCUUUCUUAAUUCAAAGUUCUUGUCUUUUUUAUAUUUGGUCUUGUUUUUAGGUUGGCCCAUGUGCUAAUAUUGCUUCUUAAGUUGAGGAAUUUUAUGUGUUGUGUUUUGAGUUUGGUGGAAUUUUUACUUGUUUUUGGAUUAUUUGUUUGUAAUGUGUGCACACUAUGUUUGUUGUUUUGUUUUGUUUUGUUUGUUACUAAAGCACGGACACUUCAAAUUGAAGGCACACAUGUGUCUGACACCAACGUGUGUGUCCGACACCGUACAACACAUGUGAUCACAUUCAAUUAUGUCAUUUUCUCAAAUUAUUAACAAUGUUUCUCAAAUUAUUAACAAUGUUAGACGGUGUGACUCGUGAGUGACAAUGUCGCGUCCGGUGUCACUGUCUGCUUCAUAGAUUGUUCUAUUAAUAAUAUUUUUGAAUGAAAUAUCCUGUUCUCUACUAGCUUGGCUGAACUUUUGAUCCCCGCCUCAAAUAUAAGGAAAUAAAAGUCAAACUAAGUAGAUGUUGCUUGGUCGAAUUUCUUUUGCUUAUAUUUGAGACCGGAGUACUCAACAAUGCAUUCGUAAAGAUGAAGUUUGUAAUAGAAGUUUGGUUUUGUUUCUUCUUUCCUGCAUUUUGUGAAACUGUUUCUGAAGUGGGGAGAGGGUGUGAGGAUGGUAUUCAGCUUUGAAGCACAAAUGUGGAUACCAACACUGACACCGAUAAUAAUUUUAGAAAAUAGAAGUGAUUGUAUGUAAUUAUUAGUGUCAGUAUCGUGUCGAUGUAGUACACACCUUCAAUUGGAACUGUAGGGGCUACAUAGGUAUUGAGUAAAUGUGUAUAGAGUUUGAUUUGAUAGUAAAAGUGAACAGGAACUGUGUAGGAAGUUUGUUUGUGGUGUGUUCAGAUAAAAAUCUAUAAAGCUUUUGCUCAUUGUAUUUUUAGGGGUUUUCUCAUAUGGUUGUCUUUCUAACUAUAAAAUCGUAAAUGUUCAGUUUAUGGACUGUUCUGGUGUUGUGAAGGCUUGAACAGUACUUUUUUAUUUUAAACACCGGUAAAUUUUUUGUCACGUGAUUGAAAGGUCACGGAUGCAAGUCCUGGAAAUAGCCUCUUGUGUAAAAAUCAAGGUAAGGUUGCGUACAAUACACCUAUUGGUGGGACCCUUUCCCAGACUUUGUGUAUGCAUGAGCUUUAGUGCACCGGGCUGCCAAAUGCCAAAUACAAAUUUGAGUGAAAAUAAAAAUAAAAACUCAAGGGUUUAUAGAAAUGGUUACCUCGCACGAGGUGUAACCGCUGGAAUUUUACAUCGCUUAAUGAUUUCUAGUAGCUUGAUGUUUAUGUUAAAGUUUGAUUUUAAAUUUGUUAGUUUGCUUAACUUUUAUCCAUUGUUUUAAAAAUGAAUAUUAACAAUUCAACAUUGAAUAUCUAGAAGCAAGUCAUAAGGUUUAAACCAUGAAGUGGUAUGUAAAUGACUUUACUGAAAUUCUUCUAUAGUCUUCUUCUUCCUCCUUUUCUUCUGUAAAUUUUGUUAUUUAUAUUGGAAAUCAAUAUUUUGUAUUACUCAUGAAAAAGCGUGCAUGUUAAAAUUGGUUUGCAUUGGAUGUUGACUUUUUGCUGUGUACAAGUCCUUGUUUCUCGUUAAAAGGUUGAGACUGGAGUAAUUAAAAAGAACUUCACAUAUACUAAUGAAGUAUUUAUAUUUUAAUUGGUUUCAUAGAUGCUAAGAAGCCCAAAGAAAAAAUUAUAAAAUACCCAGCUAGGAACAUCAAAUUAUUCUGAGCCUGAGAGUAAUCAUAUGCAAAUGUUGGUCGUUGAAUACAGUGUCACUAAUGAUAUAUUUGAUAGUGGAAAUGUUAUAAUUUAUUAUUAUUCAUGACAUUUUAGAAGUGAAAAUAUGUAUAGAAGGGGUUUUUUCUUUAGCUGGUGUUUCACGCAUGGUUGCAUAGCCUUGUUUGCCUGAGUUGUUUGUUAUUAUACUGCGUCGUCUUCAGCGGGCUAUGAAAAUUAAAAUAUACUAUUUCGAUCUAUUGAUUGGUAGCUUUGUAUUUAUUUUUUUUGCAUGAUAUGCGCAGACAUCGCAAUUUGUCUGGUAGCUUUCUUCAAUUUAGAGAAGGUUCAUACUGUCCAAAGCGAAUAUCUUUUGGGUUGAAAAAAUGCAAUGACAUGGAGUAUCAUCGUAAUUCUCCAGUACAUAUUUCAGUUAUGAAAUUUUCAACUGCAUCAUUUAGCACGUUGAAGUUACAGAUUAUCCAAAACACCUCGUAGAAAGUUAUCUGGUGAUAGAACCGGAUGGGCUGAGGCUGGGCAUAAAUUGACUCAGAUAAAAAUGGAAAUGCAUGAUCUGGACAAACGUAGUUUGUAUCCAUCCAAUACAAAUACAAUUGCUUCUUCUAUUGCUCAGAAACCAGCUAUUACUCAAAACGAAGGGCGCAAUCUUAUGCUGCAUGAUCUAUGUGAACCUGCCUCAUCUUCUGUUCAACAUUCUAUGUUAAACAACUCAAUGUUAUUGAUAGACACUGAAAGAGUUGGUACCGAGUCAAAUGUAUCUUCAUUAAAGACCGGUGAAGAGAAAAUUCAUGGCGUUGAUGGCACUGAGUCAAAUGUGUCUUCAUUAAAGACCAGUGAAGAGAAAAUUGACAAUGUUGAUGGCAAUCACAGUUUGGAUGCUACUGCAAAAGACGCAACUAAGGCAAAACUUACUGUUAGAAUGAUACGCAGUGAUGAACAAUCAAAACUUCGGGAAAGGCUCUGUAGUAUCUAUGAAGACAUACUGGUUGUUAAUAAUAUUUCUCAUGCAGAGCAAGUAGCUAAGAUGCUUACAGUAAAUUACAGGCAUCUUAUUCAUGCAUGUGAUACCGAGGUAUCCAAGAUAGAUGUCAAACAAGAAACGCCUAUAGAUCAUGGGGAGAUAAUAUGCUUCAGUAUUUAUUCGGGUCCAGAAGCUGAUUUUGGAGGUGGGAAAUCAUGUAUCUGGGUGGAUGUUCUUGACGGUGGAGGCAAAGAGAUAUUGAAUAAGUUUGCCGAUUUUUUUCAAGAUCCAUCGAUAAAAAAGGUUUGGCAUAACUAUAGCUUUGAUUGUCAUGUUAUACAAAAUUAUGGAUUUAAGGUUUCUGGAUUUCAUGCUGAUACAAUGCACAUGGCACGACUGUGGGAUUCAUCAAGACGUUUGGUUGGUGGUUAUUCUCUUGAAGCACUUAGUGGCGACAAAGAAGUCAUGUCUAGGGGUAAUCUGAACCAUGAAACGGAUUUGAUUGGUAAGGUGUCGAUGACAACCAUAUUUGGUCAGAGAAAGGAGAAGAAAGAUGGAUCUAUGGGUAAAAUCGUUACCAUUGAGCCUGUUGAAGUACUGCAAAGAGAAGAGCAUAUACCUUGGAUAUGUUACUCUGCUUUAGAUGCCAGAAGCACUCUGAAGCUUUAUGAGAGCCUAAAAAGUCAUCUGUCAGAUUUACCUUGGAAAAUUGAUGGAGAACUUUUACGCGAAAACAUGUUUGAUUUUUACGAGAUAUAUUUGCAGCCAUUUGGUGAACUUCUUGUCAAAAUGGAAUGUGAGGGUAUGCUAGUUGAUCGGUUAUAUCUUCAAGAAAUAGAAAAGGUGGCCAAAGCAGAGCAACAGGCAGCUCUUAAUAGAUUCCGAAAAUGGGCAUCUAGGUAUUGUCCUGAUGCCAAGUAUAUGAAUGUUGGAAGCGAUACACAGUUGCGUGUACUGCUUUUUGGUGGCACUGUGAACAGAGAAAACCACAAUGAGGCAAUUCCAACGGAGCGGAUUUUCAAAGUUCCGAAUGUUGAUAAAGUGAUUGAAAAAGGAAAAAAGAUUCCCUCAAAAUUACGUGAUAUUAAGUUGAAUAGCAUUGGAUGUAACCUGAAUGUUGACAUUUACACACCUAGUGGCUGGCCCUCAUGUAGUGGUCCCGCUUUAAAGGCGCUGGCUGGCAAAGUUUCUGCUGAGUAUGACUUUGAUCUUGAGGAUGAAGAUGGUAAUCCUUCUCAAAGGGAAGAUGAGCCUUUAGAAAUAGAUAAUUCUGCUUAUGGAACAGCCUAUUUUGCUUUUCCAACAGAGGAAGAAGGGAGAGAAGCUUGUCAUGCAAUUGCUGCUUUAUGUGAAAUCUGCUCAAUUGACUCUUUGAUCUCUAAUUUUAUCCUUCCCCUGCAGGGACAUAAUAUAUCGGGGAAGGAUCAGCGUGUUCAUUGUUCCAUAAAUAUCAACACAGAGACUGGACGCUUGUCGGCAAGACGACCAAAUCUACAGAAUCAACCAGCUUUGGAAAAGGACCGAUACAAAAUCCGUCAAGCAUUCGUAGCUGCUCCUGGAAAUUCUCUUAUAGUUGCGGAUUAUGGGCAGUUGGAGCUCAGGAUACUUGCACAUCUUACUGAUUGUAAGAGCAUGUUGGAAGCCUUUGAAGCUGGUGGAGAUUUCCACUCCAGAACUGCAAUGAAUAUGUACCCAUAUAUUCGUGAAGCAGUUGAAAAAAAGGAAGUUCUUCUUGAAUGGCAUCCUCAACCUGGUGAAGACAAACCCCCUGUUCCUCUCCUCAAGGAUGCCUUUGCUUCUGAAAGAAGAAAAGCCAAAAUGCUUAACUUCUCAAUUGCAUAUGGAAAGACUCCACAAGGUCUUUCUAAGGAUUGGAAGGUUUCUGUGAAAGAAGCUAAGAACACAGUUGACCUCUGGUACAAUGAUAGAAAAGAAGUUUUGAAAUGGCAACAGAAACGUAAAAAAGAAGCUUUUGAAUUUGGGUGUGUUUAUACGUUGCUAGGACGAGCCCGGCGAUUCCCCGAGAUAUUCCUAGGUCGUCGUAACUACUACAAAGGUCACAUUGAGCGUGCUGCUAUUAAUACCCCAGUGCAGGGAAGUGCAGCUGAUGUUGCCAUGCUUGCCAUGUUAGAAAUAUCCAAAAAUAAACAGUUGAAGGAGCUUGGAUGGAAGUUACUUCUUCAGGUUCAUGAUGAAGUCAUAUUGGAAGGACCAACAAAGUCAGCUGAGGUUGCAAAGAAUAUAGUUAUUGACUGCAUGUCAAAACCCUUCAAUGGCCAAAAUAUUCUUAAAGUUGGUCUCACUGUGGAUGCCAAGUGUGCACAAAACUGGUAUGCCGCAAAAUAAACAUCAAAUCAAAACUGUUGUGCCGCGGUUUGGUGGGGUAGUUUUGCACCCUUGGCUUUAAUACGAAGGUCAUGGAUGAACUUGGUUGCAUACAAAACUGUAUUGUUUCUCUGGUGACUAUAAUCAAAAGAGGUUGUGAUGCAACUUGGGGUGCCUUCUAUUUUUGCAUGGAAAAAGUAAUGUCCUUUUGGUCUCAUGUUAUCCUCUUUCAUUUUUAGAGAGGUUAUGGAAAUGGUUUCAUUGUGAAUUUUGUGUAUAGAAUUUUUAAUUAUGAAGCAGAAGGCCAAAAUCAAUGGUGUCCAAUGAAGCACCGAUACCAAUAUGGACACCGGACACGUCAUUGGCACGUCGACACGGGUGAUAAUUUCAAAAAGUAAUUAAUUAAAUGCCGUUGCACGUGUCAUUGUUGUGUCGUUACUAAAAAUUAGUAUCAGCGUUUGUUAGCUCUACUCUGUUUUUUUCUUCGUGUUUUUAUUUUACAAGCUCAUAGUAUGUUUUGUCUUGUAUAAUGUACCAAUGUGGCUCUAUGCUUUGUGCAACUAUGUAUUAUUUUGUAUAGUUGUAUAUAAAACGAAAAUUUCAAAUUCCAUCUCAUUUGCCAAUGUUCAUGACUGGUUGCAAACUCA